AUGGAUAGCAUGCUGGACGCCCAUCAGCGGGAUUCCCCUGCCUCUUCCAAUCAAAAGAGUCUUAAACACGAUGGCGGCGAACCCUACCAGUCCGACCCGGUAGCCGCAAAUGGCCAUCUAGAGGCAUUGGGCUACGAGCCCGAGCUUACCAGAAAUCGGUCAACGCUCCAAGUCGCCUUUAUGUCUUUUGUCCUUGCAUCUAUUCCUUAUGGUCUAUCUACGACAUUUAUCUAUCCUCUCGAGGGUGGUGGUGCCGUGAACAUCAUAUGGGGUUGGCUGAUGGUCUCUUUGAUUAUUCUCUGCGUGGCUGCCUCUCUAGGUGAAAUUACUUCUGUAUACCCGACAGCUGGAGGUGUGUACUACCAGUCAUUUAUGCUUUCUCCGGUUCGUUACCGAAGAAUUGUUGCUUGGACAUGUGGUUGGUCCUACGUGGUCGGCAAUAUCACCAUUACUCUUGCCGUGAACUUUGGGUCCGCCCAGUUCAUAAUCUCCUGCGUCAACGUUUUCGAGAAAUCGCCAGGUGUAGGAAUCUUCGAAGCUUCAGCCUAUCAAACUUUCCUGAUUUUCCUAGCCAUCACAUUCCUAUGCAACGCAGUUUCCGCGCUUGGGAAUAAAUGGCUGCCCCAUCUCGAUACAUUCGCGAUUUUCUGGACUCUUGCAGGAGUCUUAGCCAUUAUUAUCUGUGUUUUAGUGAUUGCGAAAAACGGGAGACACGACGCCAAGUACGUCUUCACAAGUUUCGAGCCUCGGUCAGGCUGGCCGGUCGGGUGGUCAUUCUGCGUCGGACUUUUACAAGCUGCAUAUACUACAUCAUCAACUGGAAUGGUUAUAUCGAUGUGCGAAGAGGUUAGAGAGCCAUCUCGUCAAGUCCCAAAAGCCAUCAUCGGCACAGUCAUCUUGAACACGAUCGCGGGUCUCGUGUUCCUGAUCCCAAUCGUCUUUGUGCUUCCAAAUAUCCCAGAGCUAGUUGCACUUCCAUCAGGUCAACCUGUCCCCAGUAUCAUGAAAUCUGCCAUCGGCAAUUCAACUGGUUCAUUCCUGCUUCUUCUCCCACUGGCCGUCCUUGCUCUUCUCUGUGGCAUCGGAUGUACCACCGCUGUGUCGCGAUCUGUAUGGGCUUUUGCAAGAGACGGUGGUAUCCCUUACUCCAAAAAAUGGAAAAAGGUAAAUCAUACUCUGGAUGUUCCUUUUAAUGCGAUGAUGCUCGGUAUGGUAGUUGAGAUUGCUCUUGGUCUUAUCUACUUCGGCUCAAGUACUGCAUUCAACGCUUUCUCUGGAGUUGGUGUCAUCACUUUAACAGUGAGCUACGCGUGCCCUAUCGCCGUGUCAUUCCUCGGGGGCCGCCAGCAAAUCAAGAAGGGAAAUUUCGAUCUCGGAACACUCGGUGUCGUUUGUAACAUUGUCGCUUUAGCUUGGAGCAUCCUGGCGGUGCCUCUCUUCUGUAUGCCCGCGGCUAUCCCCGUUACUGCAGAAACUGUCAACUAUGCACCAGUCGUGUUUGUGGGUUUCGUUUUGAUAGCUACAGUAUGGUAUUGGGUGUGGGGACGCAAUAAAUACGUUGGACCGCCAACUGUUGACGAUGCGGUUAUGGAUAUUCGACACGAUGGACUCUGA